UUGGGCGCCGCCUGUCACCUUUUUUUUUUCUGCGUCGCUGCUUGGGAGUGGUGGCAGUUCGUGGCAUGGUCGCGUACAAUUUUAAACUGUACGCGUCUUUACCACAUCUUACAAACCCUUCGGAUACCACUGUCUAGAUACUUCAACCUACCUCAAUUUCCUACACGCUGACCUACCCAUCGCUGUACAUACUUCCCGGACUUUAGAAUGGUCGUCAACGCAACAUGGGAACUUUACGAAAUGUUUCAAGCAUUUCUGAAGGCUCCGGUAUACCACUUGACUCUGGAAGCACUUCUUUUCAUGUGGGUCCUCUGGCUUAUGCUGAGAAAGAGCUCACCAGUCGAAGGUGCAAACGGGAAGCUGACCGAAAAGGAAAAGGAUGAUUUAAUAGAAGAGUGGACACCAGAUCCUCUAGUCCCAGACACGCCGCCGGAUCAUUACGCAGUGAAGCCAAGGAUUGUCUCAGGGAAGGUUGGCACGCACGUAAUUGUGGAUGGCAAAGAAUGCAUCAACCUGGCGACACACAACUACCUGGCCCUCGUUGAAGCCGACAUCGCAGAGGAAGCUGCUCUGAGGGGCCUCCGCAAGUACGGCGUUGGCUCGUGUGGCCCGAGGGGCUUUUUCGGCACUGUAGAUAUUCAUCUGGAACUGGAAAGUAGAAUAGCGGAGUUCAUGGGUGUAGAAGAGGCCUGUCUCUACUCCUUUGGAUUUUCCUCUAUAUCCAGCGCAAUCCCAGCGUACGCCAAGCAAGGCGACGUUAUCUUUGCAGAUGAGGAAGUAAACUUUGCAAUCCAGAAGGGCCUAGUGGCCUCACGCAGCCUGGUCCGUUAUUUCAAACACAACGACAUGGAAGACCUGGAGAGGCAACUAGAGGAGGAACACGAGAAGGACAUCAAGGAUCCGAGCAAGGCCUCUGUCACACGGCGCUUCCUUGUUGUGGAAGGCAUCUACGCCAACACUGGCGACCUCUGUCCCCUCCCGAAAAUUUGUGAGCUGCGUGCUCGGUACAAGGUGCGGCUCCUUAUGGAUGAGUCCUGCUCGUUUGGCGUGCUCGGGAAGACCGGAAGAGGAGUGCGGGAGCACUUUAACGUUCCUAACAAGGAGAUAGACCUGAUGUCCGCCUCCCUAGAAAAUGCCGUCGGUUCUUACGGCGGCUUCUGCUGCGGCACGAGCUACGUCGUCGAUCACCAGCGUCUCUCUGGCCUGGGCUACUGUUUUUCUGCGUCCCUGCCACCAUUACAGGCAGCAGUGUCACUUGCAGCGAUCGAUUACCUUAGUGCCCAUUUGGAUACGAUAGAACAGCUACAUAACAACUGCAGGAGCAUACACGAAAAACUGAAGAGCAUUCCGCAGUUUGUACUGGGAGGAGACGUGAUCUCCCCGGUGAAGCACCUGUACGUUGCGGCGCACCACCCACACGAAAUGGCAACAGGGUUGCUGGACUCUGUUGUGCAACGGGCAUGGGAAGAAGGUAUUGCAUUGACUCAAGCACGGUACUUGGGUGAGGAGCAUCUCAAGAGAGCACCGAGCAUCAGAAUAACGGUCUCCUCUGCCCUCACCGCAGAAGAGAUCAACAAAGUGUAUGACGUAUUGUGCAAGGCAGCCGAAACUUACUUGUAGUUCAGAGAGUACUCGUUUUUUUUUUUCUUUUGAGAGUUCCUACUUAAUACAGAAAAAAAAAGGGCAGCGCAAAAGACUUUGCUGCCUUUUGUUCCGUGUUCAGAGCUACAGGGUGAACAAAAAAUGGUCUUCAUAUACGAUAUUGGUAGGAGUUGUGCGCAGUUAUCUGUUUUGCCCGUUUGUAUUUCUGAUAAAGUAAAAUCAGUUCUGUCGUUUUACAGUGUCACGUCAUGUUGUGACAUCACAGUGUGCUAUCUCGUGCUGCAUCAUGUCAUGAGAUCAAUAGUUCUCUUCUUGCCUCAAUGGCGAUGGGACCAGAAGAACAUCUCCGAUUGUUUGAUUUUGUAAAUAGCGUAGUAAAUGAUCAAAGUAACAGAGAACAACACUCUAAAGAAUAUCAAUAAAAGAGGUUGUGAGA